AUGGAAAUUCCAUUUUAUCAAGAUUGGUAUCCAAAUAUGAUGAAUAAAGAUCAAAAGAUUGAACAAGUAAAAUCAACACAUGGUCAAGAAUAUAAUCGUAAGAAAAGAUGUCAUAGCAAUCGUAAAUUACAACGAUAUCGUCAAAAACUUCGUAAACAAGAUCUUAAGUCAACAAUUGACACUGAACCGUUAACAACGAAUUAUGUAAAAGAUGGUUCAGUUGAUUGUACUGUUAUAUCUGAUGAAAUAUUAUAUGAAAGAACAUCAGUUGUUUUCAAUCAAUCAGAAAAGUUCAAUCAAUUAUUUAACAGCAAUCCAAAGAUACGAUUUAUUCGUCAAUAUAUAAGUUUAAUAGAUCAAUUAUCAUACCAAAAAUUGCGAGAAACUCAAUGA